AUGUAUCCAGCGACAUGUAUCCAGCUCGAGCCACCUCUUAAGAACAAUUACACCAUGCCGCUCACACGAAUCACCAUCUUAAGCGCAGUGCGCGAGAUCUUGAGGAAGGCAGACUCUCAACAUGCCCCGCUCGUCAUCUCACUGACAGAGAAUGGGAAGAAUCGUUCAUUCGACUGCAAACUUCCGGGCCGACUUAUCUUUGGGCCGGAGAAGGAUGACUUUCCAAGCCUAGGCAAGAACCAGUCGCCUUCCAAUAGCAACCCGCUGCCUUCUCCAGAAGAUCUGCAACGACUUCUCAUCGCCGACCUGCAUACAUCACGACAGCGCCAUAUCUACAACAGCAACAAGACCAUGCGGCCUGCCGCAGACGAGCCGCAGACAGACGAUGAUGAACCCGAGCAGCUCAACCGCUUGACUGACGCCGACCAUGGUGCCAGUGGCGUUGUCGGAAACUGCAGUGCAUUGCUGUUGAAUGUGGAAUUGGGAAUCAGCAGCCAAGUCGGGAUGAAAGGCACAAUUCGGGAAGUGCGAUUUGACCAGGCUCAUUUGGGCAAAUUCAGCCCCACUCUCGUCUUUGACAUGACUCUCAGACUUGGUAUUCUGCCAGCUUGUGUACAGUCAUCCUUUCUACUAUACAAUGAAUGGUGUACAGAGUAA